AUGAGUUUCACUGCUAAAGAGGUGGAACCACUCCUACAGGGAAAUCCGGACAUUCAAAUGAGGAUAAUUCAAGAUUUACUUGAGAAGAAACACCAGGUUAAAGUGUCACUUCCUAAAUUGUGGCAGGCUAAGAAGAUUGCUAUGGAGUGUUGUGAGGAACUUGUUAGAGCCAACCCUGGGACCACUAUCAAGAUUGAUGUUCAACCUGAAUCUAAUCCCAGUAGUCCCACAAGACAAUUAAGGAGAAUAUAUGUUUUCUUUGGUUCUUUGAAGGAGGGUUUCAAUCUCAUUGGGAGGGAGCUCAUUGGUUUGGAUGGUGCCUUUAUGAAAGGUCCAUACCCGGGUCAGAUCCUUUUUGCAGUUGGAGUGGAUGGAAACAAUGGCAUUUACCCACUUCCUUUGCCAUUGUUGAAGCUGAAACUACCAACACAUGGGUUUGUUGCCUGCUAUUGCCAGGUGUUACUAACUGCCGAACAUAGGUAUUGCGUGAAUCAUAUUCACAAGAACAUGAAGAAGACGCGGUGUGGAGAUGUGUACAAGAACCUGCUAUGGAGAUACGCAAGCGCAACUAGCAUGCCCUUUUUUGAUAGAGCAAUGGAUGAUGUUAAGGCCCUAAACAGGAAGUUGUAUGAUUGGCUGAAGAGAUCCUUGCAACAGCAUGGUCAAGAGCCCACUUUUCAGGAAGUCAAUGUGAAGAAGAUCAUAGCCAAAAGUGACGGCCCAUUAACUUCUGCUGCUACCUCAAUGUUUGAGACUAUCAAGGAUGAGGCUUCACAAUACAACGUAUUGAUGACAGGUUCUUCCAAGUACCGGGUUAUGGGUCCAAAAAACAAGACGGUGGUUGAUGUACAUAUGAGAACAUGUUCAUGUAGGAAAUGGGAUCUGACAGGAAUGCUCUGUGUCACAAACCCUGACCCCACCCUGGACGGGAGCCGUGCGUAG